CUUGCGUGGAUCAUGUAGGAAGUUUAUCACUUACAACAGAAUUAAGAUUUUCCAUACAUAUCACGUCUUCUUCAAUUCAGUAAUUUAGUAGUACACAGAGCCACCCCACCUGUAAUUGGGCAAAUGGGCUAGAACCUCUGGUUUUGUGGGCCAGAAAAUCCUUUCCCAAACUCCAUUAACACAACCCAACCGAAAGCUUCGGGAAGAUCCUCCACUCCCGUCAUACCAAACCAAAAAUUUACCUCCAAAUUCAAUACAAUAAAAUAGAAUAGACCGGUCAACCGUCAACGCAACGCAGAGACUCACCUGUCUAUUUUCUAUUUAUUUCUUUCCCCAUUUUUCUGCAACAUACGCGAAACUUCCCAGCUCGAAGGAAUAACUCUCAAAGCAUUCACCCAAUUGCUCUCCCCUCCCCUUUUCCACCUCUGCAUUCUCUUUGUAAUUUCAGUAAACACCUUGUGUGCAAUGGAGAAUGGAGAAGCAAAAGUGUCCUCUGAACAACCACAAGGCUCUUCUUAUACAUACUGGGUGAGGGAAGCCACAACCGAUGCCGCGCCGCUUCCUGUCCCCAAAAAGCUUACACAAAAUGAUAUUCUUUCGCAAAAAUCAGAGCCCGCAACUCUCGGCUCUGUUUGGAACCGGGCAGGAACCUGGGAGGAGAAAAGCCUUAAUAAGUGGGCAAGUGAUAGAAUAAAGGAGUUGCUUAUAACAGUGGGCACCCUUGAGUUCCCUGGUGGCAAGGCAGAAAUAAAAGAAGUGUCAAACUGUGUAGGCGAUGCAUUCUUGGUGACUGUUCGAAACAAGAAACGUGUUGGCUACACUUACGAGUUGACACUGAAAGUCAAAGGAGAGUGGAUUAUCCGGGAGGAGAAAAAGGUAGUCAAGGGCCGUAUAGAGAUCCCAGAGUUCUCAUUCGGUGAGCUGGACGAUUUGCAGAUGGAAGUAAAGCUUAGUGAAGAAAAAGAUCUUCUGCACCAAGAUAAGUGGCAGAUCUGCCAGGAUUUGAAGCAGUUUUUGCAGCCUGUUCGCGAAAAGUUGCUUCAGUUUGAGCAGGAACUCAAAGAUAGGUAGGAGAGCGGUCAGAAUGGGGUUAUGUCAAAUGGAAACCCUGGUUUUGAUCACAAUUGUUACUGUAACUGUAUUUUAUGAGUUAAUUUUAGCAAGUAUUUCUUUGGAUUCUUUUAAGGGAACAUAAGAUAAUCAAGGAAGUGACUUUUUUCAUGUAAUCCUUGGAAUUUAUUGCCACUGAUGAGGGAUUGAUAGAACUUCAUUUCAAGUUUGCUUGGGUUGUUUCUCACAUUUGAUAUUGGAGAAUUUUUAUGAUCCUUACAUCU